AUGUCCAACCAAAACGACCCCUCCGCCCCCCAUCUCAUACCAGUCGACGACUGCCUAACCUACGAAACAGGAUACCGCCCCAACCUCCCUGGCCAACGCACCUGGUGGGUCUUCUGCCCCAUCACCGGCCUCUUCAACAGCAGCUACGCCCUCCUCGGCGCGAUGAUCGAGUGCGUCGCGCGCGGUCAAGCCACAUUGACACCGAACUGGGACCGCACAUUCGCGGGAGGCAUCUGGUAUGAUUUUGAUUGCGGGGCUGAUGUUUUGGAUGGGCAGGUGCUGAUGGAUAUGGCUGUUAGGGAUAUGCAGAGGCGGAUUGAGAGGUAUAUGGCUACAAGUGACGGGCAGGCGGGGUGUAAGCCUGCGCUUGGGUUUCGGUAG